AUGGAUUCCACCUUGAUCCUACUUUGGGUGUUUACCUGGGUAGUAGUCGGCCUGAUCAUUCUUCGCCUGCUGCUGCGGAAGCGGAAGUGCUUGCAAUUGGUCUUGGGGGAUUAUUUUUCAAUGGGAGCGAUGCUCUGUGCGCUCGUACGCCUCGCCUUGGUCCAUGUUAUUCUCAUCUGGGGAACAAACAACAUGUCGGCCAACUUCCGACAGACGCACGAUUUUACCCCGGAGGAGAUCCGGCGCAGAGAGAUUGCCAGCAAAUUUGUGCUUGUCAAUCGAGUGUUUUACAAUUCCUAUCUUUGGCUGCAAAAGCUGGUUCUGCUUGAUGCCUACCGCCGACUACUCACAAAUCUCCGCUGGGAGAAGGUCACGAUGAUCACGUAUAUUGCUAUAUUCGCAGCGACUUACGUCACCGUACAAAUCGUGACUUUUACCGAAUGCGAUCCCUUUAACCACUACUGGAUGGUAUUGCCUGAUCCUGGUAUUUACUUCCCCCGUGACGCUCGAGCUCGAUUUGUGGUGCUCAUCGAACUUAUUAAUCCUCUAACGAUCGUAGGUAUAUGCUGCCAAGCACAGCUUCAAUUGAUUGUCCUUGGUGUCCUCAAUGUCAUCACAGAUCUUAUGCUGAUCGCCUUGCCGAUCCCAAUUCUAGUUCUUGUCAGAAGAUCCAUUGUUGAAAAAAUCCAACUAGGGACCUUGUUCGCCGUCGGCCUCUUCAUAGUCGCAAUCACCAUCGCUCGACUACCCCAAAAUACAAAGAACAGCACUGCCCAGGUGAACAGAACAACUUGGGCGUCCAUUGAGCUACUCGCUGCCGCUAUCGUCGCGAACGCUCCGGUCCUGUAUGGACUCCUCAAGGGACGAACGCAAAGGUCCAAGUACGCUGCGUCUGGGAUCGGAUCUUCUGGUCCAUCAGGGCAGGGACUUCGAAAUAGAUCAACGAAUGAGCCUGAAUUCGAACUUCAAGGGACAAAUCACAGCAAGAAAGGGUCUGCUCUUGGUGUAAAUAUAUCAUCCAGGAAUUAUCUGGAUGUUGACGGCGACAGCACUCGGUCAUUAACUCGAAGCCUGGAAAAGUAG